AGCAACUAUCAUCAUAGCUAUCCCAUGUCCGAAGCAUGGCAACCAAUUCGAGCGGUAUCCUGCACAUGUUCGUCGCCAUCGCAACACGCGACAUGUUGGCUCAGGAAAAGCAGGAUAGAUUCUGGUAUGCAACAACUACCGUCCAUACCUCCUCUAGGCGUGUGAGUUGUGAGAUGCGGUCACUUUAGUGCGUAGGAGGUACAAGGAUGUGCGGGCUCGAAGUUCCAACUACCCCAGUCAUCCGCAAGCAUCCCAUUAUAGUUCACCCAUGGGCCCCUUGGACCCCGAGAUUACCAGCUCGUGUCCAGCACCGCCUGUUUCCUUUCCCUCAUCUCCUCCCACACGCUGCCAGAUGCUUAUUACCGCGCCCAACUUGUCCGAAAGUGACUAUCGGUCAUAGCCAAGGAAUACAGAGCCACCAUUGGAUAAUAGCGGUAUUCAACCGAGACCGGGAGGGUACGAAGCGACAUUGGAAACAGGCCGCGCAGUCCUGCAUGCACCGGAUCUCGAAGUAGAAUCGAACCCAGCAUCUAGGGCGCUAAGCUCAGCAAGUGAACGAAACAGGACCUCGUCCUUAUAAUAACAACACACCCAGGUACUUGUCCAUAAGCCCCUACCACACCUCGUUCUCUUAGAUCAUCAGCUGCAUUCCCUUAUAGUCGCUCGUUCACAGCCAACUCUCCCACACUAUAAUAUUCGAUCCAAGAUCCCUCAUCAGCAUAUCCAGACCGUUUAUCCUGCCACUCCACACCCGCAACAAUGAAGUCCUACAUCUUCGCCGCUGCCGCCCUCGUCGGCGCUGUCGCCCAAGGAGCCGUAAUUAGGCGUGAGGACUGCGACGAAACCACCAAGGCUCCAGGCGGACCGGUUGUGAGCACCGCUGAGACCAAGCCAGGCAACACCCUUCCUUGCGGAGCCACCAGCAGCAGCGAGUACACCGUGAAGGCCGGUAACACCUUGUUCCAGAUCUCUGACGAGACUGGUGUCGGUGUCUGCGACAUUGCUGCCGCCAGCGGCAUUGACAACAUCAACCUCAUCUACCCCGACCAAAUCCUCACCAUCCCCAUUGGCUGCACCACCACCGACAACACCACUUGUGUCACCACCCCAGACACGCCCGCCACCGACACUUGCGUCAAGGGUCCUCCACCAACCUACACCGUCGUCAGCGGUGACACUCUUGGUGCCAUUGCAAAGGACUUCGAAAUCACUACUAACGCUCUCAUCUCUGCCAACUCGCAAAUCAGCAACCCAGACGUCAUCUCCAUCGGACAGGUCAUCAACGUUCCCAUCUGCCCUGGAAGCUCUUGCAAGUCUGUUGACGACUACACCAUUGUUUCUGGAGACACCUUCUUCGACUUGGCCAGCAAGUCCCAGACUACCGUCGGACAAAUCAAGGCUUCCAACCCAGGUGUCAAGCCAGAGACCCUCGCCGUCGGCCAGGUCAUCAAGCUUCCUACGGGUUGCGCAUAAAUCCUCCCAGAGCGUUUUUACUACAUUCUUUCAGAAGUAAAAAGUGCCUUGGGUGAUGAUGAGAGCGUAACAGGAAUGGUUUUGAGGAGGAUAAUGCGAAAGGGGAGGAUAGGGGGGCAAGUAGUUGGAUGGCGAAAUGAUGGAGGAUAUCAAAAAGAAGAAGAAGAAAACCCGGACAGACAGACGUUUUGAUGUAACAUGCUUGUUGUUAUGGUAG